AUGGCACCACCAGUAGUAAAAAUAGUUUACCAGUUCUCUUCAUCAGUAGUUGGAAGUUAUAAGUUCGAAUUCGGAGGAGCUGGUGGAAGUGGUUGGAGUCAAGGAGCGGAAAGAUUCAGUGCCUAUCCAAUCAAUUCUACUAUGGGUUCCCAAGUUUUUAGAUACAAAUCAUCUGACAACUUCUUUGCCUAUUCAUUGAGUUCCAAUGAUCCAACAUUUGCUGGAUGGACAAAGGAUGGUGCUGCAUUCUGUUGUCCAAAUGACAAUGAUCCAUUAGCUAUUCCAGUUUAUAGAUAUUCUAGAGUUAUCUCAGGAAGCAAAUUUGCAUUCACCUAUUCAACAAGUGCAACCUAUACCGAAUCUGGAUUCACUUGGAUCAAAGAUAAAGUCGAAUUCAAAGCAUUUAAAUUGAUUCAAGAAAUGCCUUCUGAUUAUGGCGCAAAUAUUGGUUCCAAUGGAAUAAUAUCUUUCCCAAACAUUAUUGCCUACCAAUUUGCAAAAGCUGAUUUCUCAGCGACUUGUCUCUUGCAAACAACAGCACCUGGAACUAUCAUGACAAAUAAACCAUCUGAAGGUGGAUUACCGACAAGAGGUGGAUGGAGAGUUUUUCUCAAUGCAUCUGGUGUCGUUGUGUUCGUAAUCGAUGAUGGUUAUGGAUCGGAAAGAGUACUAUCACCAUCAACUCAAAUAUUCGAUGGAGAUUGGCACAGUGUUGCUGUUGUCCGAAGAUCUGGUCUUUUGGAAAUUUGGGUUGAUGGAACCAAGCUAAAUGUUACUUACAUCGGAGAGGAACAAAGAAAUGCAAACUCAACAAAACCAUUGUUGGUUGGUGCAAACUAUUACGGAAACGAACCACAAUUAGUUGGAAUUGUCGAAGAUAUUACAAUUUGGAACAUUGCAAUCAAUCAAAAACAAAUUUUCAAUUCAAUGUUCAACAUGAUUGUUGGAAAUGAACCUGGUUUGGUUGCAUUCUGGCCAAUGGACAACAAUUUCAAUGACAAGAGUUCAAACAAUAACAACGGAUCUUCAAGUGGAUCUGUUUCAUUUGUUCCAGUGUUCCAUGAGAAAUCUGUCGAGAAUGGUCCAAAUUCAUUUUCAUAUGUUUCAGUUAUGAAUCACAGCACUUCAACCAGUGGAAGUUUAACAACAACCAGAACUCAAAGUAUGAAUGUCCAAGCAGGUUCACCAGUUCUUAUUAUCUCAAUCUAUGAUAUGGUUACAUCAGCUUUCCCAGUUGGAUGUGUUCUCAAAGUUACAGAUCCUUCUGGAAAUCAAUAUAAUAAUCCAAUAAACACAGCAUCGUUGUAUGUUAAGAUGAAUGGAACAUCAGUUCAAUGUUUAGUUGUAUCAAAUCCAACACCUGGAAAAUGGACCACCGUUAUCACAGCACCAACUAUCAGUUCAUUCCAUCUCACACUCCAAGCAUAUCCAUCUCAAGAUGUUGCCAAAACAAUGAUGGAAUCAUUACAAGCGCUUUAUCCAUAUGAUGAAGAUACCAAGAUGCCACUUUGCAAACAUCCUUUAAUGAAAUUGGAGAAUAUUCAAUCUUGGAGAAGUUUUGUUGGAACAUUAGCUGGAAUUGGAUUUGCUGCGGUAAUUGUCUUAGCAGCCGCUGCAGCAUCUAUUCCAAUCGCUGGUACCGUGGCUGUGCUCGCUACUGCUGGGUUUGUAGUUGGUGUUGCAUAUGAUGUGGUGAUGUAUCUAUCUUCAUCAAAGAAAGAUGUUGAAGAUACAUCUGGAGCAAUUUCCACCAAUACUGGAAUGGGUGACUUUGAUAAACCAACAGACCAGAUUUCAGAGAUUUACAAUAAUUUCUUGAAGGUAGCAUCAUCCAGCCCAUACGCCACUCCACCAACCAAAGUCAGCAAUACAACCAGAGUAACAAGAAAACAAUUGAAUAUUGCAGAUACCUAUAAACUUCAUCUCGAUAUUGGUGGUGAAGGUAGUUUCACUUACAAUAAUGCGAUUUCUGGAUUCCCAGAUGCACUCAAUAUCAAUGUUAAUACCAACCAAAGUCAAUAUCCAGUAAAAGCUAUUCCACUUCUUGUUCGUCUACAACAAUGGGAAGAACAACCUACCUACAAACCGUCACUCCCAUUCGCCGAUAAGAGUGUUGACUAUAUCACAAUGCAAUCAACACCAAUUGCAGAUUGGGAAGUCACCGAAAUCAUUCGUAUUCUGAGACCAGGCGGAAGUAUUGGAUUGUGGCUCAAUUUGCCAGAUCCAGGUUAUAUUUAUAAUAAUCUUCCAGCUUGGCAAAAGCAGUUGGUUACCAAUGUGAACAGUAUUGUCACCCAACUUAAUGCAACACCAAAGUUCACUUGCAAAGGAAAUUAUACACUUCCAGGUGUUCCUCCAAACAGCAAUCCAAUUUGCACAGUUGGACUUGUCGAUGAAGCCGAUGGUACAUAUGGAAUGGCAAAGAUGUUACUUGUUGACAAUAGACCAACUGAAUUGCUUUUUGAUUCUGAACUCAAAGAUUCUGAAUCUGUAGUUGGUGAUGCUUAA